AUGACUGAAAAUAAUAAUAUUGAAUUAGUGCUAAAGCAACAGAGUGUGAUUGAUUCAUGUUCAGAAUGUCCAAUUAUCACUUAUGAGAUUGCGAAAAAAUUGGGUUUCGAAAAAGAUAAAAGUUUACCCAACAUUACCAAUAAAGUGGUAUCUGAUAUUGUUAAGCAACAAACCCAGAUAUUUCUCAAAGAAACCGCACACCAUGCAAGGCUAAAAGAAAAAAGAGAUUUUUAA